AUGUCAGGCGCACCAACUAAAAUUGCCAAUUUUCUUCAUAAAACAGUUGUUUCUGUUUUUGCUCUUAGUUCAUUAGCAUUCGGUGUUUAUGUCACUGGUGCUACAAUGGAGUUAUUAGAAAAAAGAAAAAUUAGAAAAUUAGAAGAAGAACAAUUUAUUAAAGAGUUUAUUAAAAAUAUGGAAGCAAAAGAUCAAGCUGCAAAAGAUCAAUCUGCAACUAAACAAAUUGAAGAAACUAAAAAAUAA